AUGUAUAUAUGUUUUGCAUACACAUACACAUUAAUAUUAUUAUUAAUUGGAUAUUCUGAAUGUUCUGAUAAACCUAGUAACACACAGGGUUCUAACUCUAAUGAAGAUAAUCUUCCCUCAAUUGGACGAUUAUCAUUAGUAGAUUAUAAUGAUUCUGAUGAAGAAGAUAAUUUUCAAGUAAUAGAAACUUCUCAUGAAACUACUCAAGAAACUGGACCAGAAGAGGUAACUGAAGAAAUAACAGAAACUACUGAAACUCUGACUGAACCUGUUAAAGAUGUAGAAACACAAACAGAUCAAGAGCAACUUGAACCUCAUCCACAACCUCCACCUCUAGUAUAUUGUUUAGUAGGACCUCAAUAUGAGUAUCCAGGAUAUCAUUCUACAUACUAUCAGCCUAGUCAACAACAACAAACUCAACCUCAAUUUUCACAGGGUUAUUAUGGACCUCCACAAGAACCUCAGCAACAGCCUACUCCUCAGUAUUAUCAACAGUAUUAUCAAAAGUAUUAUCAACAACCACCAACUCAAGGUACAGGUUAUUAUGGACCACAAUAUCAACAUCAGCCUACUCAACAAGGUCCUUAUCAGCCAUUACCUGGACCACAUCAACCUCCAGCUCAACCUGGAUAUCCAAUAGGUUAUCAACCAGUACCUCAGCAACCAACACAUCAACCACAGCCUCCUAGUCAAUCUGUAAUACAGUAUUAUCCUCAUCCAGUACAACCGUAUCAACCUGUACCUCCACCUCAUCAACCAAUAACACAACCACCACAAGGAUUUCAACCUAUACCACAACAACUACUACAUUAUGGACCAUAUCAACUACCUCAGUUACCUCAAUAUCAACCAGUACAACACUAUUAUCCUCUACCUCAAUCUCAACCACCACAGCCUAUACAACCUCAACAACCACAGCCAGGAUAUCAACAUGCACCAUCCAUACCAAUAACUGGACCUACUCCUCCACAGCCUCAAAUUCUGCAACCACAAUAUUAUCAACAACCCAUACAAUUUACUGGACCUAGUCAACCUACUACUCAACACACACAACCAACUAUUCAACACUCUGGGUUACAGCCAGAAACUAUUCCAGUAGAAGUUGGAUCAGAUGAAGAAGAAGAACCUACAGAACCUACUGGACCACCAAAAGGACCUGGAGAAGAUAUGGAACCAUUUAAAAGAACUUUAUGUAAAGAAAUUGAACUAUUUAAAAAAGAUUCUCAAGGGAUGUUGGUUAAAAUGACAGAAAAUGAUUACAAAAAAAUAUAUGAAGAUAUAUACAAGGCAAAAUAUGAUCUUUAUGAAAAUCUUGAGCUGCUGUUAUAUUGUGGUGAAACUGCAUUUGAACAUAGACCUGGAAAUGAAUAUUUUUUGUCAUUUAUCCAUAAUAAGAUUGCUGGUAUGAUUAUCUUUCGACGCCAAAAUGGAUUUUUUAUAGCUAAGAAACGUAAAGGACGCUGGAUUGUAAAUGGACGCAAAAAUCCAGAUUAUGUUAAACUCUAUACUAAUGAUUCAUAUGGUAAUGAUGUGUUACUGACUAGUGAAGAAUAUUAUCUUAGUUUUACAUCAUCAGAAUCUUUUAAAUUCACAUUUAAAGAUGGUGUAAGGUGUACUAAAAUUGUUGUUUUUGAUUUAACUUGGGUAAAAAAACCUGAAGAAGAAUUUCCUUUAUCAUGUAGUAUUACACAUCGUAGAUCAAUAAUUUUAUUUUUUAAAAAUUAUUUCUAUGCAUAUCGGAAACUUAAUGGAGAAUAUAAAACCUAUUACAAACAUACUCAAAUCCAGUAA